GAUGGGGUAACUGGAAUUGAUGUCCAAUAGAUAUAAAUUUUCAGCUUUACAAGAAGAAAGUUUUCAACACUGAAUACACUUAGCACUACUGAAGUUUACAUUUGAAGUUAAUACGGUAAACUUCUCAUUUACAGUUAAUACGGUAAAGUUCGAAUCAGAUUAACCACAGGGUGUCGCUGUCCACCAGAGAAUGUUCUCUACGAAGGCAAAUACCCAGAGUCUCUUUGUUACUCCAGAUAAAACGACAGGAGAAGCAGCAGGAUUUAGCAGGUGUUAGACUAUUUCAUUUCUUUUAAACAUGAUCAUUUAAUUUGACCAACUCACGGAGGACUAGAGGUGAUGCCUUCUUUGAGAGGGGGCCCAGACGUCAGGCAGUGUCUGCUGCUCUGGCUUCUGCUCCUCGCAGCCUGGGAGGCAGGGAGCGGCCAGCUCCACUACUCCGUCCCUGAGGAGGCCAAACACGGAACCUUCGUGGGCCGCAUCGCUCAGGACUUGGGGCUGGAGCUGGCGGAGCUGGUGCCCCGCCUGUUCAGGGUGGCGUCCAAGGACCGCGGGGACCUUCUGGAGGUAAAUCUGCAGAAUGGCAUUUUGUUUGUGAAUUCUCGGAUCGACCGGGAGGCGCUGUGCGGGCGGAACGCGGAGUGUAGCAUCCACCUGGAGGUGAUCGUGGACCGGCCGCUGCAGGUUUUCCACGUGGAGGUGGAGGUGAGGGAUAUUAACGACAACCCGCCGCUAUUUCCAACGACAGAAAAAACUAUCCAAUUUCAUGAAUCGAGACUGCUAGACUCGCGGUUUCCUUUAGAGGGAGCUUCGGAUGCAGAUAUAGGAGUAAACGCUCUUCUGUCUUAUAAGCUCAGUCCCAGCGAGUUUUUCUUUCUAGAUGUACAAACAAAUGAUGAACUCAGCCAAUCGCUGUUUCUUGUGCUGGGGAAAUCUCUGGACAGAGAGGAAAAUGCUGAGGUGAAAUUGUUAUUGGUAGCUACGGAUGGAGGCAAGCCUGAACUCACGGGUUCUGUUCAGAUACUCAUUAAAGUGUUAGAUGUGAAUGACAACGAACCUACUUUCCCCCAAUCCGUUUACAAAGUUCAGUUGUUAGAGAACACCACAAACGGAACCUUGGUGGUGAAAUUAAAUGCGUCUGAUGCAGAUGAAGGACCAAACAGUGAGAUUGUGUAUUCACUGAGUAGUGAUGUGUCUUCUACCACACGGACCAAGUUCCAAAUAGACCCCACCUCGGGAGAAAUCAGAACGAAGGGGGAAUUAGACUAUGAAGAAAGGACAUCCUAUGAAAUUCAGGUCAUUGCAUCUGACAAGGGAACCCCAUCAAUGUCAGGACAUUGUAAAAUUUCAGUAAAACUCGUGGAUAUCAAUGACAAUACCCCAGAAGUCUCAAUAACGUCUCUCUCACUACCAGUCCAAGAAAAUGCUCCACUGGGCGCUGUUAUCGCCCUUAUCUCAGUGUCAGACCGUGACUCAGGAAUCAACGGACGGGUGACCUGCUCCCUGACCCCUCAAAUCCCCUUCAAGUUGGUGUCCACCUUCAAGAAUUACUAUUCACUUGUGCUGGACAGCGCCUUGGACCGUGAGACCACACCUGAAUAUAAGGUGGUGGUGACAGCCCGGGAUGGGGGAUCGCCCUCGCUGUGGGCCACAGCCAGCGUGUCCGUGGAGGUGGCUGAUGUGAACGACAACGUGCCCACGUUCGCACAGCCCGAAUACACGGUGUUCGUGAAGGAGAACAACCCGCCUGGUGCGCACAUCUUCACAGUGUCUGCCAUGGACGCAGAUGCGCAGGAGAAUGCGCUGGUGUCCUAUUCGCUGGUGGAGAGGCGGGUGGGCGAGCGCUCGCUGUCGAGUUUCGUGUCUGUGCACGCGGAGAGCGGCAAGGUGUUUGCGCUGCAGCCUCUGGACCAUGAGGAGCUGGAGUUGCUGCAGUUCCAGGUGAGCGCGCGGGAUGCUGGUGUGCCUUCCCUGGGCAGCAAUGUGACUCUGCAAGUGUUUGUGCUGGACGAGAAUGACAAUGCUCCCACACUGCUGCCCCACGGAGCCGUGGGAGCGGGAGGGGCAGUGAGUGAGUUUGUGCCUAGGUCAGUGGGUUCGGGUCACGUGGUCACCAAGGUGAGAGCAGUGGAUGCGGACUCUGGUUACAAUGCUUGGCUCUCUUAUGAACUGCAGACGUCGGCAGGCAAUUCCCGAAGCCUGUUCCGCGUGGGCCUAUAUACCGGCGAGAUCAGCACCACACGCGCCCUGGAUGAGGCGGAUGCACUGCACCAGCGCCUGCUGGUGCUGGUGAAGGAUCAUGGUGAACCUGCACUGACUGCCACAGCCACAGUGCUAGUUUCUCUGCUUGAGAACAGUCAAGCUCCAAAAGCCUCAUCCAAAAUGUUGGUAGAUGCCAUUGGCCGAGAGGCGUCACUGGUGAAUGUCAACGUGUACCUGAUCAUCGCCAUCUGCGCGGUGUCCAGCCUGUUGGUGCUCACGCUGCUCCUGUACACCGUGCUGCGCUGCUCAGCGACGCACACUGAUGGAGCCUGUGCUCCGGGGAAGCCCGUACUGGUGUGCUCUAGCGCGAUGGGGACCUGGUCAUACUCACAGCAGAGGAGGCAGAGGGUGUGCUCUGGUGAGGGUCCGCCCAAGACCGACCUCAUGGCCUUCAGCCCCAGCCUAUCACAAGGUCCGGAAUCAGCAGAGGAGAGACAGCCGCCCUUAGAGUCAGAAUACUUAGCAAAGGUAGGCUUAAGAAUUUUUUUUUUAUCUUGCCAAGAACGUUACUAUUUUUGUAUUGUUCAUGAUUCCAGUUAA